CUUUUUUUUUUUUUGAUUCCUUUUUCUUUCCUUUAUCUUUUUCUUUUCAUAUCUUUAUAACAUUCAUCAAUAUGUCUCCUGUUAAUGCUACCUCUGGCUUUGGUACCCGUGCUAUUCAUGCUGGCCAAGAACCUGACCCUAUCACUGGUGCUGUGAUUCCUCCUGUUUCUUUAUCUACUACUUUUAAACAAACUGCUGCCGGUGUUCACUCUGGUUACGAAUACUCUCGUUCUGGAAAUCCUACUCGUCAUAACUUUGAAACUGCUGUUGCCGCUUUGGAAGGUGGAAAGUAUGGUCUUGCUUUUGCUUCUGGUUCUUCAGUUACUGCUACUAUUUUGAAUACUCUUCAUUCCGGUGCUCAUUUGAUCUCUGUCAAUGAUGUUUAUGGUGGUACUUACCGUUACUUUACCAAGGUAGCUGUUCACAAUGGUGUCGAAGCAACUUUUGUUGAUCUCAAUGAUGCUGCCAAUGUCAAGCCUCAUUUUCAAGAAAACACAAAGCUUGUAUGGGUAGAAUCUCCCACUAACCCUACUUUACGUAUUAUCGAUAUCCGUGCUAUUGCUGACUAUGCUCAUGCUCAUGGUGCUCUUCUUGUAGUUGACAACACUUUUAUGAGUCCCUAUUUCCAAAAUCCUCUUGCUCUUGGUGCUGAUAUUGUUGUCCACUCUGUUACCAAGUACAUCAAUGGCCACUCUGAUGUGGUAAUGGGUGUUGCCGUUACAAACAAUCAAUCCAUCUAUGAAAAACUUCAAUUUAUGCAAAAUUCCAUGGGUGCUGUACCUUCUGCCUUUGAUUGUUUCCUUGCUCGUCGUGGUUUGAUGACUCUUGAAAUUCGUAUGCAACGUCAUGCUGCCAACGCUCAAGCCUUGGCUGAAUACCUCGAAACUAAUGAUCUUAUUGAAGAAGUCAUCUAUCCUGGUUUGCCAUCUCAUCCCAAUCAUGAACUCGCCAAGCAACAACAACGUGGAUUUGGUGGUAUGAUUUCCUUCCGUGUCAAGGGUAAUUUGGAGAAUGUCAACAAAUUCCUUGGUAACUUGAAAUAUAUUACUUUGGCCGAAUCUUUGGGUGGUGUGGAAUCAUUGAUUGAAUUGCCUUGUAUUAUGACUCAUGGUGCUGUCUCUGCUGAAGAUCGUGAAAAGUUGGGCAUCACUGAAAACUUGGUUCGUAUGUCUGUUGGUAUUGAAAAUAUUGAAGAUUUAUUGGCAGAUCUCAAACAAGCCUUGGAAAACAUGUAAUAGAAACGUUGUUUGGAUUGAAUUGGAUACCUAGAAUUAGUAUGCUUAAGGAUACUUAGUUUAGUUUGGAUUAUUGUACAUAUUUUAUAGACCCUCUUUUUACUUUUUAUUUUUUUAUUUUUAUUUUUAUCCUUUUUAUUAAUAAUCGUGAUGCAAUAAAACUGGGCUACCUUUUUUUUUUUUU